AUGGACGAUAUAACAAAGACGAGCAAAGACGCCACCUACCCCCGUCCGUUCGAACGUUCCCCAUCGCCAUUCAUGGAUCUUGAACACUCUCCUGCGCUAGAUGCGCAACCUCUCCCCCAAAUUCACGUACCAGAUCUUCCUCUGAUGGACGCACACCUUGAAGAUUAUCGCCUCUGCCUUGAUGUAGAGAGGGUCAUCUCGUUGCUGUUGCGCCUGAAGCUUUGGGAACAAGACCGCCAGCGUCUACAGGAGAUAGACAAUCAGCUCAACGCGCUUCGUGGAUCUGCGGACUGUCGCGAGAUUGACGCCGCCCUCUUGAAACUGAAGCAUCAAAACUCCGUCAACAUGGAAGGAGCUACCGAGCUGGUUGCAAGUUUGUCCAUCAUUGCAUCUGCCCGUGCUGGGUUGGGGAAUCGAAUGCCUGCUAUCAUCAGCAGGAUGUGGGAUUCUGAAGGGGAUGCGUCGGUUAUGGGGAGGCAUUGUGAAUUUCGGCCAACCGGUCCGCACUGGGUGAUGGGCUUUCUAGGAGAGGCUCACGACGAAAGGAAGAUGAAAUGCAGAGACGACAUAAUGCGGGUGCUGGAUCACGACAUGAAGGAGCUUUUGGAUCAGGUCAAGGCUUGUCAACCUUUCGAUUCUCAUCAUGUUUCCGAAAGCCUUUCGACUGCCAUCACAAGGCUGCGCUCAGAAUGGGAAAGUUUCAAUCUAGAUAGCACCUCAUUACCUCUUAUUACUUAG